AUGGACCCCCAGCUGCAGCCAGACCUGUCAUUGAAGGCAACGACCGAGGGGGGCAGGCUGCCGGGAGGUUCAUGGAGGCAAGACGGCGGCAGCGAGCAGCAGGAAGUGGCCGCAUUGUCCCCGGGCGGCGGUGCCGCGCUGUCGGAUUCGCCGGGCCGCCCCUUCAGCCCCAGCUCAGCUGAGGCAUCCCCAAAGGUGGUGGCAGCGGCAAGAGGGGAAUCGGUGCUGCCUGCGAUGAAAGGGCUGCGCAGUGUGCACAUCCAGCCGCCAGGCAAGCACCCGUACCCUGAUGACCAGACGCCAGAGGCGGAGUCAGUGCGGGCACAGCUGCAGCCGCAGCAGCCGCGUGCUGGAGCCAGAGAGGGUAGAGCAGAUGGCCCCUAUGCUGGGACUGGUGCUGAACUUGAGGCCGCUAACCCUAGGAGCGUGCUCGCGCAGCCGCCAGGCAAGCAGCCUCACCCAGAUGAUCCGGCCUUUGGGCAGCAGCAGGAGGAGGAGCAACAGCAGCAGGAACAGCGAGAAGGCCAAGCAUCGCAGCAUGCGCAGCUGCACAUGGGGCACCUGGGCGCAACAGUGAAGCCCCUGGCGCCGUGGCGGCUGCAGCAGCCGGGGCCUCAGCAGUCUGGUGGUAGCAGUGGCGCUGCCAAGCCCAAGCAGGCCAGCACCAAACCUGGCACCUCAGGACAGCGGAAGUCUGGCGGCACCGCAGGUUCCACUGCGGCUGGCGCCGGCCUGCCCGGCAUACCGGCUGGCUCUCCGCAAUUUAGGCCAGGCGAUGUGGUGUGGGCCAAGAUUGGCAACUAUCCGUGGUGGCCUGCCCAGCUGCAACGCCCCAGCACCGAAGAUCACAUCAAGCCCAAGCACUCCUCUUCCGACCUGUUUUGCGUGUUCUAUGAUUAUAGUAAGCACGCCAACGUGAAGAACAAGGCGCUACAACGCGCCGUGGACGAGGCGUGGGUGUAUGGCAUGCAGCGACCCCGGCCAGACUGGAAAGCAGCACCAUGA